ACUGGUCACACUAAUUUCACAGUUGAACCCAGCCCUGAGACCCGAAUGACAGUGGAACGACUCGGAGAAACAAAAAACAACCCAGCGCGAACGAACGGUUACUUCGCGGCGGAUACCUCUCGUAUACGGCUAAGUAAAGUUCAAUCAGGCGCCCAUAAUGUUAAAACCAAAGUGCAAAUAAUAAUUAAUAAUAGUGGUCUGGUCUGGCCCGGUCUGGUCUGGCUGGUUUUUCUGCAAAGUGCGAUUAUCAGCGGAGAGAGAGAGAGGAGGUGCUGCAGAAGAACGCAUCAAAGAAAAUCUAAUACACAAAGUGAAAACCGAAAUUGUUGUUAAAAAAAAAAAGAUAUAACGCGCGUGUGUUUGUUGUUGGUACGCCAGUUGUUGUUUUGUUAGUUUGAAGAAAAAAGGGCGUCGCAGUUGGAAAAUUUAUGUGUGCAUAAAAAAAAAAAAAUCAAACUGCAGUAGCAGCAGCAGCCAAGCCAGAAGGAGAAAAAAAAAAGAAAGAGAGCGUACCUGGAGAGAGGAGAGAGCAAGCGGGGGUGAGGCACAAUAGCUGUUGUUGUUGUUGCCUGCAGCUCAAAGUCGCCGUUGAAUGGCAGUCGGCAAUAAUGGACUCCACGCCUAAUGCGGCUCCUCACCCCAAUCGGGAUCUACUGACUCUCCAGCCGCUGCGAUCUUCCCGCGGUUCUAGCUCCAAUCUGCGCGCCAGUCGCUCCCCAUCCGCCAGCCGAAGUGCCGAACAAAUGUCCCGGGAGCGCGCCAGCGAGGCAGCGGCAGCCACUCAAUCAGCAGCAGCAUCCGGCGGCGGCACAGCCACAACAUCCGCACCAGUAAGUGGUGCUGGAGCAGGAGCAGGUGCAUCGACAAUAACGGUUGGAGGAACCACAUCCGGAUCUGCGGGAACGGGAACCGCCUCCGCGCACAACACCAACAGCAAUUCCUCGGCCUCAUCCAGCACAGUGGCAGCUGCACAGGCGGCUGUCUACAGCGGCGGCAACACGGUGACCGGCAGUCUGGGCAGCGGCGGUGUGGUGGCUCGUGGCUUCCGCAGCCACAGCCCCACCCACCGGCGACGCAGUCGAGAGCGCCAGCGACGCACCCAUGGCUCCGACCAGGGCGGUCUUCUGGCCUACAGUGGUUAUGUUGGCGCUCCCGUCGAUAUGACUGAUUUUGGUGCUCCUAUCCAAGGUGGGGGAGGAGGAGGAGGAGGAGGAGGUGGUGGGGGUGGCGGUGGCAGUGCCGGCACAGGGAGUGGCCUGGAGGACUCUCGCCUGUCCGGCAACGAGGACUACUACUCCUCGUUCGUCUCCGAUGAGUUCGACAGCAGCAAGAAGGUGCAUCGCCGCUGCCACGAGCGCAGCUCCAGCGUCCAGGCCAUCGACCGGCUCAACACCAAGAUCCAGUGCACCAAGGAGUCCAUCCGCCAGGAGCAAACUGCCAGAGAUGAUAAUGUUAACGAGUAUCUGAAGCUGGCAGCCAGCGCAGACAAGCAACAGUUGCAGCGCAUCAAGGCUGUCUUUGAGAAGAAGAACCAGAAGAGCGCACACAACAUUUCGCAGCUUCAGAAGAAGCUGGACAACUAUACGAAGCGGGCCAAGGACUUGCAGAACCAUCAGUACCAGACCAAAAGCCAGCACCGGCAGCCGCGCGAAGUGCUGCGGGACGUGGGCCAGGGACUGCGCAAUGUGGGUGGGAAUAUUCGUGAUGGAAUCACUGGCUUCUCCGGAUCGGUGAUGUCCAAGCCGAGGGAGUUCGCCCACCUCAUCAAGAACAAAUUCGGCAGCGCCGACAACAUCAAUCAGAUGACCGAUGCCGAAUUGCAGGGUAUGCAGUCCUCGAAUGCCGACGUCCUGGCGGCCAAUGAGCGCCUGCAGCAAACACCCGGAGUGGGUACCUCAACGGGAUCCGGUGGUGGUGGUCAGAAUAAUAAUACCGGUGGUGGUGCGGGCAGUGGAACAGGAAAGUUCAAUAGUGACAAUGGCAGUGAGUGCAGCAGCGUCACCAGCGAAAGUAUACCAGCCGGAUCUGGCAAAAGCCAAUCCGGAGCCAGUCAAUACCACAUAGUGCUCAAGACUCUGCUAACAGAGUUGGCCGAACGGAAGGCCGAGAACGAGAAGCUUAAGGAGCGUAUCGAACGACUGGAGACGGGCCAAAAGGAAUUCAACAAUCUGACCGCCACGCUCGAAAGUGAACGCUAUCGUGCCGAGGGACUUGAGGAGCAAAUCAAUGACUUGACGGAAUUACAUCAGAAUGAAAUUGAGAAUCUGAAGCAAACGAUUGCCGACAUGGAGGAGAAAGUACAAUACCAAAGCGAUGAAAGACUACGUGACGUCAACGAAGUGCUCGAGAACUGUCAAACGAGGAUAUCAAAAAUGGAGCACAUGUCGCAGCAACAAUACGUCACCGUCGAGGGCAUUGAUAAUAGCAAUGCACGGGCCCUGGUUGUGAAACUCAUCAAUGUGGUAUUAACGAUACUGCAAGUGGUUCUCCUGCUGGUGGCCACAGCUGCUGGGAUUAUAAUGCCGUUUCUCAAAACAAGGGUUCGGGUUCUGACCACUUUCCUGUCCAUUUGCUUCGUCAUCUUUGUGAUACGACAGUGGCCGGAUGUCCAGGAUAUCGGUUCUGGGCUGGUGCGACACCUGAAGCAAUCGCUGGUGGUCAAAUAAGCUCUGCUGGGUUGAAGGGGGCCAUCUCGUCUCAUUAAGUUUUUAGUUAAUUAAGUUCUAAAGUGCAUACUUUUCUGUAUAUAGCUUAUCAAUAAUGAUUAUAAUAAUGAUCAUUUUUAAUUGAAAUUGUAUCAAUUAUAUCCAUCACAACCACGAAACACUAUCCGAGAAACUGUACAAAAACAUUAAAUAAUCCUUAGCACACACACACUAUACCACACACCACACCACACACACAUACACAUUCUCGCAUAAAACGUACACUUAGAAAAAAUUGAUUUAACCUAAUGGUAGUAGUAAUAACUUGAAAAUGCUGACAUGUCUCCGUGCAUUACAACUAUAUUUGAAUAUAUAUAUAAUGUAUAUGUAUAACCUACUAUAUAUAAACAAAUUUACAAUACUAUAAUACUAUUGAAAUUGAUUAUAUAUAAAAACAAAAAAAUGAAAGUUUGUAUAAAUCCCGAAAUUAUUGUAUUUAUUUUUUACAAAUAACCAUUAUGUACGUACGUUUGCCUAAUGAUUGUAGCAACUAUCGAAGGUGGCCUAAACAUCUAAAUAUAGAAAUACCAAUUUA